GACAAUAAAUACAAAUAGCAGGUGAAAAUCGACUUUUUGAUUAUAUAGAUUUGAAAAGCCAAAAAAAAAAAAUAAAGGGGACCCAAAACCAUAUACUCAGCAGCAUACUACUAAUGUAUUUAAACUUUUAAGUAAAUUGCUUUAUUUUAAUCUAAUAAAUGCUAGAUUGCUAGCAAAUUAGGUCAGUAUAUCAUUUUGAUUAGAUUUAGCUAGAGAAGAGGAACUAUUACGGGCAAUACCUUUAAGUUUAGCAGCACUACCACCUGUUUUAUGUGUAGAAAAUAGAUUACCUUUAUAUUGAUUUCGGAGUAAUCAAAAAAUCAACUGAGAUGAGCCAAGCGAUAUCCGUACUUUGCGUGGGUUGCACGGUUAUUGACUUUGUGACCAUCAAUGCCAGUUAUCCCAAAGAGGACACCGAUCGACGUUGCCUGGAUGGGUUUUGGCAACGUGGCGGAAACGCCUCCAAUGUGAGCACAGUUCUUCGGGUUCUCGGCUCCAAGGUGGACUUCUUCGGAAUGCUCAGCAAAUCGGAUGCAUUCAGAGUGCUUCUCGAGGACCUCCGAAAGCGGGAAAUCGGCACCAAGAAUUGCCCUCUUACGGACAGGGAUCCGCCCUUCUCUUCAGUGAUCUUGUCCCAGGAUUCCGGAACACGCACUAUUAUCCACUGCAAUAAGGAUUACCCACAGAGCACCUUUGAAGACUUUAGCAAGAUUGAUCUUUCGGAGUAUGGAUGGGUGCACUUCGAGGCUCGCAACACCUCACACACCUUGAAGAUGAUGCACAGCAUCCGGGAGCACAACACAAGGACUGGACAACGCAUUAUAAUCUCGUUGGAUUUGGAAACGAGGUACGAACAGAACCAGGAACUGUGUCAUCCAUGCGACUUUGUGGUCUUUUCCAAGGAGCUGGCCGGCCAGUUGGGCUGGAUGACGCCGCGGCAAACUUGUGAAGAGCUGGCAGCCAGUAUCCCCGGAAGCGGACCGAAACCCGUCUUCAUUUGUCCCUGGGGGAGUGCCGGAGCUGGAGCUGUGGAUGCCAAUGGGAACUACCACGAAAUGGCAUCCUAUAAGCAGGAGAAAGUGGUGGACACGCUGGGCGCGGGAGACAGCUUCAUGGCGGGAUUUAUACACGCCACACUUGAGGGUCGGCGAUCUGUAGCGGAAGCCGUAGACUUUGCCAACCGAGUUGCCAGCCACAAAAUCACUGGAUUCGGUUACGACCAUAUUGCACAACUCAGGUUAGACUAAAACUAGUUGAUUCCAACGUUAAUUUUAGCUCACAUUAUUGUUGUAUGUCUCUUGAGAAGAAUUUAUUAACAUUAAACAAGCCUGACGAAAAAAAUGAUUAUAUUUAAAAACUGUUAGCACGUGUCCAUUGUCUAAGUAAAUAUUACUAAUUAUCAAGCAAUAUUUUUAUAAAUUUAUUUAAGAAAAUUUUAAAAAAAAUGUACAAUAAACAUUUUAAAAGAAGUUUGUAACCUCUGCAAAAAAUGUGGAACCACAAAUAAGAACAACUAGUUUCGAAAUGAACAGCGCUUAUGUAUUCUCACAAAUUUUAUAAACUUGUCAAAUUCAUUAUGAUUAUAUUAUAAUUAUUUUCAUGAUUA